AUGCCGGUCUACCUCGUCCACGGCUUCCGCUGGCCGCGCGAAGGCUUCACGGGCAUCCGCGUGCACGCCGUGCUGCACAACCUCGACGACUGCAGCGCCGAGUACAUUCAGAACGCAAACUCGCGCGAAGAGCUCCUCCGCUCCUUUCGCAAAAUAUACCCAGAUAUCAUGAGAGAACUCGACCAUACCGACACGAACCCCGCGUCGACGAGAAGAUUGGAAUUCAUCGAGCAAUAUAACCCGGACGACUUGGAGAGCCCUUACGCCGUGAGCCAGCCGUACGCUUUUGUUGGGGACAAGGUCGUGAUGAUCGCGGCGGGACCAGGCAUGGGGUUGACUGGACCCGGUGUCGCGCAGGUCAAAGCGUAUCAGCAUCAUGUGCUCACAGAAGCGGAGAAGAAACAGCGCGCCACGACCUUGCCAAUGUCCAAGUCGGCACCUUUCAACUCCCCCGCGUAUGAUACCGCGGCGCUGAGUGUCAAUCUGGACGAAGUCGUCGCCGAUGGGCCCGGACUGACGAACAAAGCGUGGGAGGCGCUGGCAGAUCUGAGAGACAAGAUCGCCGAGGGGGAGAAGAUCGGAUGGUGGGUCGUCUACAACGGAGAUCCGGAACGGUCGUUUGAUGAUGUAGAAGAAGACGACGACGACGACGAGCAGGAGGAUGAAGAAAUGGAAGACGUGGGUGAGGAGGAUGAAGAUGCUGGUACUCCUGUUGCUUGUCUUCCUUCAGCUCCUCCGCUUCCUCCUACUGCUGCUAGUGCUUCGACCUCCGCUCCUUCCCCCGCUUCGACGAGAGGUCAAGGUCAUCGUCCCACACCCAGCGACUCCCUCCCCAUUCCCACCUCCACCAUGACGACCUCAGACUAUCCAAAGUCUCCUCCACCUGUGGCACCCAUGCUUGCUCAAGCACAACAUAUCGCUUCCCAAAUGCAACAGCCACACCAACAUCAAGAAGGAGGUUCCCCGGGCCUGACGGCCUUGCCCGUGCGACUUACACCCCCUUCAUCAAUAGGAUCACCUGCAGGGACAACAAGACCACCGGCAAAUACAGCACCACCCGCCACCUCAACCUCGGAGACUGGAACCGGCAAGGGCAAACAAAAGGAAAGGGACUUUCCCGAAGAACCGGCACCGGCCAAGGCGAAGGAGACGGCAAAGUCGCAGAGCUUGAGGAAGAAAUUCUUUGGGAGAAGGGGCUGA